AUUAUAAUCUGUCUUAAUCAAUCACAUGUCUGCAUAUACACUCUUAAUAUUGCCGCUCAAUAAUCUAUAAAAUUAUCUAGAUAAAACAAACAUCAGGUGAACAUUCCUGUAAAAUUUAUUUUAUGCAGCCCACCACAUUCAGAGAUAACGGGGAUUGGACCCUUGUCACAAGAAGACAUAAAAAAAAAAUAAAAACAACUUUUUUGACUCAGUUUCAGGCGAACUGCUAUGACAUCCAUGAUGUCUAUGGCAACAAUCUAUCGGCGUCCUUUAUUGCAUCGACCAUAAAAGAUAUCGAAAGAAUAAAACUACGCUUGGAAAACUCCGGAUUCUGGACCAAGGUAAAAUCACUUCAAUGUUGGAAAAUGGAAAAAUACACGUUAUUUAGCAGUUCUCCGCAUCAGAGAAAGGUAAGCCAUUUUUACUGCCUUGGGCUAGGUAAACUCUCUUCUUUUCGUUCCAAAAUGCAGUUUUCUCUCCUGUUGUUAAUCAUUGAAUUUUUGAGACAAGAUACAUUCUCAACACCUAUCCUGAAAACUUACGACCCAGUCUACACUGUCAACGACAUCGAAGUUCUGAAAUACUUUGGGUUUGAUAUAUGCAGCAACAAAAAUGGCAGAUAUGCUUUGUCGGAGUUAGAAAGUUGUCCGACGGCAGCCACAUCUCGUCCGUUAUUCGAGCAAUCAGUGAAUCAAAUUCAGAACACCGCAGGAGAAAAACCUGCUACUAAUUUUCAUACGCCAUCAAGCCCUGAACGAACACCUGCAGGUACCAUUACUGAUAUACCGAAACCAAAUUUCCAAGGUGAUGAAUCGGCUUCUGCUUCAAAGCAGGUUCUCUUUUACAUGCCCCAUUGCAUGAGAAUAUUGUACAAUAAUAUUAUGGAAUCUAACUGGAAUAAAAAUUCUUUGAAAAACAUACUUCUCGUUGGUAAUAGCUUCCAAAAUACAACAGAUAAGAUUUUGUGCAAGCAAGAUAAAAAAAAAUGGUCUAUCCUUAUUAAGGCCAAGGAACUUGUAGAUGAGUACUCUUUGCCGAAUUACCAAGCACAUGAUGACGUAUUUAACGAUACAGUCGUUCACGUGUUCAGUGAAGAUAAGCUAAACAAGGUGCCAAUAUCAACCUGGAAGAUAGGUGAAGGGGUGGCUCAACGUCACGGUCAUUAAUUUAAAAGAACAAGCAGACAGGUAGCAUGAUGCCAGAGACCAAGUGGAUGAAUGAUUAAUUAUGAUAGAAUCUUCGGUUGUUAAUUUCAAAGGCAGCUUGAUUUUAGUGCAAACACGUCGAUUUAGCCGAUAUCAGCGUCUGGAUUUUGCCCUCUUCUUUUUGGGCGGCUGAUGACUGGAUUUGCUGUCUGAAUCAUCUUCGUCAAUGCUAUUUGCGGAAGAUGAUCCUUGAUUUUUUUUGGCAUGUUUCUUGGAGGAUUUUUUUUUUGAAUUGACAGUUUUAGCUGCUGAACAACUGCCUUUGAUCUUCACGCAUGGAUCAACAAGGAGCUGCAUGGAAUCUUUGCUUUCGAAUUCAGAUGGAUCAAAUUCGAUGGAAGUGAUGUGGUUGCAUUCUAGGUCAAGUUUAACGAGAGACCUGAGCUGUACAAUUUCUUUCGGUAUUUUUUUUAAGUUGUUGUGGAACAAAAUGAGCUCUUUUAGCUUGGUCAAAUUAAGCAGUGAGUCAACGGGAAUCGACUUGAUUAGGUUAUGCUCAAGGUUAAGUGUCUCAAGUAAACAAAGAGAGAAGCAACAAGCAGGAAACUCAGAAAACCGAUUGGUACUAAGAUUCAAAACCCGGAGGUACUUGAGUGACGACACACUUUGGGGAAGAAAGUCUAGAUCGCAUGCCGAUAAAUUCAGCACACAAAGUGAACCACUUAGAAGCGAUAUAGAAUCAGGCAGAGCUCUUAUUUUUUUUUUUGUAAAAUUGACCUCAGUCACGUUGAGGUCUUGAGCUUUCUUAAAUUCAGACUCAAGAUUCUCAGGAGAAAAUGAGGACAACUUGUUAAGGGACGCCUCGAAUUCCAUGUUAGCUUGCAUUUUUUUAACACUGUCUUCUGCCACCUCCUUGCCUGCUCUAGUGAGCAGUUCCAUUAAUUCCUCAACCGUCCAUACGCCACCCUCAUCCGCAUCCUCUUCCACAUCUCCCAAGCUCUUUGCAUGUUUAAAAAUAGUUAGCAACGGUUCGAAAUUUUUCGCGUCCACGCGCAAGCAGACGAAAUUUGGCUGGCAUCGCCUUGCUAAAUUUUUUUCUAUAUCAGGCGUACAUCUUCGUCUACUUCUCCGAACUUAUCGUAUUCCUCUCUUUUUGAUUCAUCAAUCAAAAUAGAAUAAAUUUUAUUACACUGUUU